AUAUAUUUUGGUUUGUGUGACACUUUUUGGGUUACUACAUGAUUUCAUAUGUGUUAUUUUAUAGUUUUGAUAUCUUCACUAAACAGGUGCAACUAAUCACACAACUAAAUUAAAUGAAAAGGAGAUCGGUGGCAGCUAGUAGGCCUCGAGGGCGACCCGAAGGGUGAGGCGCAGGGCGAUCCGGGUGGAGGUGGUGGAAGUCCCUCAAGAGGGAAGGAUCUAAAAUGUCCCCCACCCCCGGUACCCAGCACCUCUCCUCCAGACCAUACCCCUCCCAGUCCACGAGGUACUGCAGGCCCCUCACCUGGCGUCUCGAGUCCAGAAUAGCUUGUACCGUGUACGCCGGGGACCCCUCAAUGUCCAGAGGGGGCGGAGGGACCUCUGGCACCUCACCUUCUUGUAGGGGACCAGCUACCACCGGCCUGAGGAGAGACACAUGGAACGAGGGGUUAAUGCGAUAGUAAGAGGGAAGUUGCAAUCUAUAACACACCUCAUUUAUCCUCCUCCUUAUCCUCCCUUAUUGCUCUCUUUCUCUCUCUCAUCCAGCGGUGCUCUCAGUGCUGGGUAAUGCUGCGGUCCUGCUGACCUCAGCACUGCGGCCGACUCACCUCAAGGCCCCGGAGCUCCUGACAGUCAACCUGGCUGUGACGGACAUCGGCAUGGCUCUCAGCAUGUACCCCCUAUCCAUUGCCUCGCUCUUCAACCACGCCUGGAUUGGAGGGAAUUCCUCCUGCCUCUACUAUGGCCUGAUGGGGAUGAUCUUCGGCACGGCCAGCAUCAUGACCCUGGCUGUCAUGGGUUUGGUACGAUACCUGGUGACAGGAAACCCACCUAAAACAGGCAACAAGUUCCAGCGUCGGACCAUCACCAUGGUGAUCAGUGUGAUCUGGCUGUACUCUGGACUGUGGGCUGUGUUCCCUCUACUGGGAUGGGGUGGCUACGGACCGGAGCCCUUCGGGGUGGCCUGCUCCGUGGACUGGGCCAGUUACCAAGACUCCCUGAACCGUUCCACCUUCAUCAUGUCUCUGUCUAUCCUCUGCACCUUCAUCCCCUGCCUCGUCAUCCUCUUCUCCUAUUUCGGCAUAGCCUGGAAACUCCACAAGGCCUACCAGGCCAUCCAAAGCAGCGACUUCCACUACGGACACAUCGAGAGGAAGGUCACUCUGAUGGCGGUGUUGAUCAGCUCUGGGUUCAUCGUAGCCUGGUCUCCCUACGUGGUGCUCAGCUUUUGGAGUAUGUUCCACAACAAGGGGAAGGACAGCCUGGCCCCCGUGGUCUCCCUGCUGCCCUGCCUGUUCGCUAAAGGUUCCACGGCCUACAACCCUUUCAUCUACUACAUCUUCAGACGCUCCUUUAGACGCCAGCUGCGCCAGCUCCAGGUCCUGAUCUGCUGCUCUGCCCAACCAGACUCACCUUCGUGUAGGGAGACAGGAGAGGGCAGGCAGAGUGUAAGGUCUGACCUACUACAGAGCUUUCCGGAUGAUAAGAAUAGAGCUCCCUUGGUGGGGAAGUUGGGAACUGCGGUGCUGGAAAGAGUCUGAGAAAGAGCUGACAAGCUCCUGUUAAAAAAGUAUCGGAACACGGCCUGUUUGAACAUUGGUCCGUACUCAUCAAAGGGUUAAGACUGUGUGUGUGCGUGUGCGUUAAAGGGUCACAAAUGGAUGGGGUGCGAGUUAAUCAACUGUGUUUCUUCACUGUCAUUCUAGCACACACUACUAGGUCAUAGCCUCGUCCUCGCCACGUCACUUACAAAGUAACACUUUACUUGAAGUCAACAGACAAAAUGUAUUAUGAUGCAGUCAUAAGACACAUCACAUAUUAUAAUCAUUGUAAUAAGGUUUUAUAAGGGCUCAUACAUGUUUAUAAAAAAGUUGUAAAGCAUUGUGUUUUUUGGCUUGAAGUUAAAGGAAUAUCAUGUAGAAUGAAGCCCCCUAAAGGAAGCUGGGUGAAUCGCAACAACAUUUGCACUGCUACAACACUUGCAAUUCUACUUGCGAUGUAGAAUUUUAGCAUCCAGGAAAUAGCAAGUCAAUUUCUUAUAGCAAGUCAAUUUCUGAGUCUCUUUUACUUUCAGUUUUGCACACCAUUUCUGCCAUUGUUCAUCGUGCUUGUGAGGAGUUAACCAUGCCUCUGUGUGACGCUGAUGGAAGAGAGGGAGGGUCCUGCCUUCCAAUUUGACAACAAGAGACAGAAUAGCUUUUGUUGUCAAAUAGGAGGACUGCACCAUCAUCAUGUAACUUUGUGUGGGCCCCAAUUGAUUCAUUUUUGAACAAAUAUUGUGAAACAUUAUACUAUUACCGCAGAUAUAUUAAGGACAUUUUCUGAAAUUAAAAUGCAAAAA